AUGCAUAUGGUAUUAGGUGGUGAUGUUGUUCGCCUCUUUCAUGGUGAUGAAUCUUUGACAGCAGCGUGUGCCACUGAGUCAGAGGAAUUUUCAUCGUCGGUUGCAAUGACAAUGAACGGAUCGGCUCCCGGAAGUCCCCCUAAUAAAAUACAACGUUCAAGUAUAGUGAAUUCUGAUUUAUUGUCUGGUUCACGUCAUGCGGUUAUGUAUGAAAUUGGCGCUGUUUCAACAAGUGCUCGCUCAUUAUGGCGGAUUGAACAUAAGAAAACUAAAUGGAGUGCUGGUUUCUUCUCAUGGGGUUCUGAAAUUCGUUUACGUCAUGUAACUACUGGUCGUUAUUUGGGUGUAUUGCCUAGUGAAGCCAAUGGAAGUGGACACUGUGAUGUCGUCACUUUGUCAGCACAUGAAGCAACAAAUGCAGCUUCAAUCUUUUUGAUAAGACCUAGUAAAGAUGAUAAAAAACGUUCAGAAGAACACGAAACUGAAGGUAUGGGCGAACCAGAUCUUAGAUUAGGUGAAACACUAGCUUACCUUCAACAUGCGGCAUCUGGUCGAUGGUUAUCAUAUGAGGCAUACGAAACACGUAAACGUGGUGUUGGUCGUGUGGAAGAGAAAAAGGCUGUCCUAUUAAUUGAAGGUCAUAUGGAUGAUUUGUUUAGUUUAGUAAGAGCACAAGAUGAAGAAAUCAGGUCAGCAUCAGCAAUACGUCGAUGCACAUCUGUAUUUAAUAACUUUAUACAUACAUUAAAUUAUAUAUCAUCACCGCAAAACGUAACUUUACCAUCACAACAGAGUCAGUGUAAUUUAAGCAGUGGACAUUUAUUAGGUGAAGUAACUCAAUGUUUAGAGGAUUUGAUUGAAUUUUUCGCUCAACCGCAUCCACAUGAAGAACACGAAAUUCAACAAUCUAAAUUAACUGCAUUAAGAAAUCGUCAAAAUUUGUUUCAGAAUGAAGGUAUGAUUGGACACGUAUUGAGCACUAUAGAAAGAUUCACUGGAACAUUCCAAACGCGUCGAGAAUUUUCACAAGCUGUUGGUGAGGAUAAAGCUGAUCAGUUUGAUGAAUUGGGCAAUUAUCUAUACUUACUACUAGCUGCACUUAUUCGUGGCAAUCGUGAAAAUUGUGCACAGUUCGCUACACCUACCCGAUUGGAUUGGCUUUUCAACAGGCUGGAAUUACAACAGGGUUUCGCUGAAGGUGUUUGGAUGCUUUACAUUGUUCUACAAGCAUUAUGUUCAUUAUGUCUAGGACGUCAAGGUGGAGCUGUACGAUUAAAUCAGGAGUUGAUAUAUGAAACCUUAUUACCACAAAAAGAUUUAUUAUUACAAACAAAAUUAGUUGAUCAAUGUGGAUCAGUUCGACCAAAUAUAUUUGUCGGUUAUAAAGAUGGUGGAGCUAUGUAUCCGAAGUGGUAUUUUGAAGUAAUUAUUGAUUCACUCGAGACAGUUACACAUCAACCAGCAAAAAUUCGGGUUGGUUGGGCUAAUACAGAAGGUUACAAUGCACAUCCCUGUGGUGGACCAGGUUGGGGUGCAGCAGGAUUGGGUGAUGACCUGUUUAGUUAUGCAUUUGAUGGAAGUUGUUUAUGGGCUGGUGGUAAGCCGAAACGGGCUACGAUCGGAACAGAUGAAGCAACAAAUGAGGAAGCAACAUCUAAUGUACCAUUGAAACGUGGUGAUAUUAUUGGAUGCUUGUUGGAUUUAACUGGACCUGUUAUUCAAUUUAAUGUGAACGGGCGUCUAGUAAGGGGAUAUUUUCAGGAUUUCAAUAUAAGCGGUUUGUUCUAUCCAUGUAUGAGUAUGAAUGCAAAAGCAAGUGCAAGAUUUCUUUUAGGAUCAAAUCAAGGUCGUUUACAUCAUGGUCCUCCACCCGGUUACUCACCUAUAUAUUAUGCUAGACAACCGGGGCAAAAACUUCGUCUUGAACCUGUAUUUACAUUCGGUCAACUUGAUAAAUACGUAUUCACCGGUCCACUGAAUUCACCAACACCACAACAAUAUGUAUUUGUACCACGUACAGUGCGUACUUCUCAUAUCCAAUUACCAAACUAUGUUGAAAUGGUUCGUGAUAGAUUAGCUGAGAAUCUACAUGAAAUGUGGUCUAUGCGUAAAAUUGACCAGGGCUGGAAAUAUGGUGAACGUCGAGAUGAUGAAAAUAAUCUUCAUCCAUGUUUGACUACAUUUGACAAGCUGCCGCCGUCAGAUAAGCAGUAUAAUGUAACACUUGCCUACGAAACAUUAAGAACAAUAAUUAGCUUAGGUUAUAAUAUUACUUAUGAACCAUUACCUGAGGGUACAAGGAUGAGAACAAUGAAGCUAUCAAAUAGUUUUACUCAGGUGAAUGGUUAUAAACCUCAGCCAUUGGAUUUAACACAAAUUCGUUUGUCUGUGCGUAUAGAAGCAUUAGUUGAUCAAUUAGCUGAAAACACACAUAAUAUGUGGGCACGUGAUCGUAUUGCACUAGGAUGGACUUAUGGUUUUGUUGAAGAUCAUUCACAGAAACGAAGUCCACAUUUAGUUCCAUACAGUGAAGUUGAUCCUAUUAUUCAACAGUCAAACAAGGACACAGCGAUUGAAACAGUGAAAACACUUAUAGCCUAUGGAUAUUCACUGGAACCCAUUAGUUCAGACUCUUCCGAUCCAGGUCGUGGUAAUUCUAACAUGGAUUAUUCAGGACCAACCAGGACUUAUCGUGGCCAAACUACUAGAGCAGUAACACGUGGUAAAUGGUACUAUGAAGCAGAAAUACUAACAUCUGGUUUUAUUCGAAUUGGAUGGGCUAAGAAAAGUGCACCGCCUGACUUAAUAAUUGGUUCAAAUAGCAGUUCGUAUGCUUUUGCUGCACAUCAGGCUCGUAAGUGGAAUCGAAAUGGUUCUGUUUAUGGUACAAUCUGUCGACCAGGCGAUGUAGUUGGUUGCAUGAUGGAUUUAGUAGACAAAACAAUAUCAUUUUCAUUGAAUGGAGAGUUGAUGAUGGAUCCUCUAGGACUGGAAAUAGCCUUUAAACAUAUAAAAGUGGAAGAAGGUUAUGUGCCAGCAUUUUCUCUUGGAUCUGGACAGCAAGUUAAGAUCAAUUAUGGAAAUGAUGUUCAAUCACUGAAAUUCUUUACUUAUUGUGGACUGCAAGAAGGAUAUAAACCAUUAGGAGUUAAUAUGUGUCGACCGUUGCCUAUGUGGUAUUCCAGAGAGGAUCCAUCUUUAUUUGUUGAUGUUGAUCGGCAGCAUCCAUCGCUAAAAGUUAACGUAUCAUCUGGAACAACACCUACUUUUAAAGUAACAGUUAAACAAGCAGACCAUAUAUCAUCAGAAGAAAUACAAUUUUUACGAUUAAGUUUAGGCACACAGUGUAAAGAUCAUUUUACAUCAAAAACCUUGAAUGAACGUCAUGCACAUCUUGAUGCUUUAAGGCGUCAACUUGAACCAGAACCAAUUUACACACAAGGUGUUGGAGUUGGAGAUUCUUCUAAUCUGAUUAUGAUGGGACAAGAUAUGUCCGCUUCUACACUAGAAGUUCGAGAUAGACGUGGUAAGAAAAUUAGACUUGGAAAUAUGUUUAAGAAAGCUCGAUCAAGGGAUCCAAGCCCGGAAGUAACAUCGACUUUAGGUGGAGGAGGUGGUGGGUCGUUGCUAAGUGGUGGUGGUAGUAGCCUUACUGGUGGCAAACGUGGUGGUGCACAUGCUACAACUGGUUCGUUGGGUCCUAGUGGUGGUGGUGGUCAGGGAAGUGCCGGAUCUGGUAGUCUUCUUUCUGCAACAGCUGGGGGUUUUUCCACUGGCAUCACGGGGCCACAAGUUACAACAACCCAAAUGUCUCAACUUGAUCAAAAUCCUCCUGGUGCUAUUAGUGGUCAGAGGCAGGUGCAACAGACAGGAAUGCCGGCACCAGGGGCUCUCGGUGAUAUGAAAAAUACUAGAGCAGGUGCAACUGGUCUAGAUGAUAUGGACUUAUUUCUUCCAACAUCAAGUGGACACACAAGUCCAUUAGCUAAUCUCGUCGAUGAAUUUUCAUUCACAGUAUUAGUGUUACCCGGACAAGAUCCUGGCCUAGUUCAUAUUGGUUGGGUCACAAGUUACUUCAAAUUAGCUAAAACAAGUAAACCGGAUCAUAUUAGUGGAUUUUUACAUAAUGUAUCAUCACAAUUACAAUUCGACACAACACAUGGACAAUUACAUGGUCACUCUAAUCAAAAUCCUAUGCUUGGUGAUACUAGUGGCAGCGGUGUGCAACCAUACGCUGCCGACUUAUUCACUGUUCGUCAAGCAGCUGUUUGUCUCUUGGAGUCAGAUUUAACAUUAAAGUCUGCUGUUGCUGAACGUGCAUCUUUCAUGGUUAACUUGGGGCAAUUACUCAAUCAGAUGGCUACAGCAGAAGACUUAGGUAAACGAAUGAGUCAAGGCUUAUCGCUAACUUGUUGGGUUGAUAUAGCCACUGGAACAUUGGGAUUUGAUUUAAAUGGUCGUGAUAGUGGAAUACGGUUUCAGGUCGAGCCAUCCACACGUCUAUUUGCUGCAGUCUUCUAUCGACCUACUGUUAAAGAGGCUAUCCAUUUUGAAUUUGGUCGACGAAAUCGUUAUACUUUACCAAUUACGGCGAGUAUGCUUCGACCACCAAGAUAUACAUCCACUGUAUUGCCACAUCGUUUAAGAGUUCAAGCAUUGGAGCGUGUUCAUUGGGCUCGUGUACCACCGAAAGCUAUAAAGAUGUUCAGUAUGAAGAUUAGUGAACUACGCGGAUGGGGUACCUCUAUUGAAUAUCCAGUCUCUGAAAUCGCUGUUCGUUUACCAGAAUCCGACAGAUGCUUUAUAGCUCUUGAAUUAGAGGAAAUGCCAGAAUUAUUAAAGUAUCAUUCUCAUACACUGGAAUUAUAUCGUGCUUUAUGCUGUCACGAUAAUCACAAUGUUGCACAUUAUUUAACUAAUCAUGUGGAUGAAUAUCAAUUAUUGCAUGCUAUGACAGCCGCAGAUAUGCCUGGACCUCUACGUUCUGGUUUUAUUGAUUUAAUGUUAGUUAUGCAUAUAAGUAGUCAUGUAAAAUUGAAACAAGUCACAGGAAAGGAAUUCAUUGUACCAAUGUUUAAAACUGAACCGAAACCGAAAAAAUAUAUAUUCGACUUUGAUGAACGUACAGGAGAAUUAGACGGUAAAAAAAUAAACGAUGACGGCGUUAAAGAAGUUGAUGAAUAUGAUUUCGACCGGAUACCAGCUGUUGAAGAACAUAUCAGUAUUCGUCCAGAACUGAAAACUGAUCCACAUUUACUUAUUCCUGGAGCAGAUGGAACUGGCAAUUUACCUGUAACGCCACCAGAAAAAACAAAAGAAGAUAGUGCAAUGUCAACUGCAUUGAAUAUAGCUGGAACGAAUGGUUUAUUAAAACUAUCCGAUUGUCCACCAUUUCCAUUAGUUAAAUUGAAAUUAGUCUGUUUAGAUUGUUUAGUGGAUAGUGUAUAUAAAGGUGGUAGUAUACGUGAUCCAGCUGGUGGAAGUUAUGAACAUUUAUUGCUACCGUUAGUAAAAACAAUCAACUGUCUCCUUGUUAUGGGUGUGCUCGAUCAAAAAGAUAUUCACACUCUUUUGGCUAUCUUGGAUCCUAAAUCAUUUAAAGCAUCAUUGCCAUUAAGAGGUGAUUCGACGUAUGAAAGUCUACUCGAGUUUCAAUUGCCAGAAAGUGUCAAACUAGAAAUAUGCCGUCUGUUACAUAAUUUAUGUGAUUUACAAUUACGUAACAGAGUAGAACAAGUUGUAAAAUUUGCUAGUAAAUUUGUACAAGCUUUACAAGAAGAUCAAAAUUUUAGGUAUAUGGCUAUCAAGAAAUCCAAUCUACCAUCAUCUGUAGCAGCUAGAAGAACAAGGGAAUUUAGAUGCCCUGCCUCAGUACAAAUGAAAAGUCUUCUGCAAAUCCAUGGUCCGGGUGGACCAACAGGUCGUUCACAAGAGACACAAACUGAACCAUCAACUAAUGAGACAGUUUCUGGAAAUGAAGAAGAAGAUGAUGAAUUAGAGGGUGUUGAAACUAAUCCCUGCUCAGAAGAAGUUAAGGAAAUGCUUCGAAGUUUUCACAAACUACUCUGUAAUAAGUUAGGUGUAAUGUUACCAGAAAAUAAUGAAAGCAACUCAGGAAAUAAAUCAGACUCUGAUAAGUCUGCGGACAGUGGGUUCGACGAAUCACAUUUACAUUCACCAUUACUAACACAUCCAUCAGAUACCCUUAGUUUAGCAUCAUUUGGUCCAUCUUAUCCAUCUGAUGAAUUACAAACAGCUUUAGCUCACCUUCCAUUGGUCCCGCCUGAUAUGGGUCAUCCAGAAGAAGGUUCAGGUACGCCACCAUGGAUUUUAAAAUUAUUAUGGAAUAUAAUUAUUCGUAAUCCAUUGACAAAUGAUUCAACCAUUGAAGUGAAUGAGAAUAAUGAGCAGACAUCUGUUACUCAGUUUUAUCAUUCAGGAAAACGUUCACUGGAUGGACUUAUCGUUUAUACGAUAGUUAAAUGGGCUAAAGAAGGUUUUAUUGAAAGUUUAGAACUGAUCCGAGAAAUGUUUUCUGCACUUCAUCGUCAAUACAAUGCAACUGAAGAACUAAAAAAUGCGCUAGAAAAAACUUAUGUCAUCAGUGGUUCAUCGCAAGAUGAAGUAUCUCGUCUACUACGUUCACUUGGACGAGUAAGAAGUUUACUUGGUGUUCAAUUAGGAUCAAAUGAAGAAAUUCUAUUAAAGAAUUGUUUAUGGGACUUAAUGAAUAAUAAAGUAUUCUUUCAACAUCCUGAUUUAACACGUUGUUUAGCUGUACAUGAGACAGUUAUGCAAUUAAUGGUACAAACAUUAACUAAAGCAACAUUUGAACAACCAGGUGGAAAUGCCAUUUCCAAAGAUGCAAUACACUCAUCCAAUCAGGCGGUAACAACUGACAUUACAGUGACCAGUGUCACUGGUUCUUCAUUACCUGUUCUACAUGAGGAAGGUUUAAAUUCAACUACAGGUCAUGGAAGUCAUCACCAACAACAACAGCAAUCGCAACAACAACGUGGUUCAGCUGGACCAACUGAAAUGGUUGUUCAAUGUUGUCGUUUUCUAUGCUAUUUUUGUCGUACAUCAAGAGAUAAUCAAAAAGCUAUGUUUGAACAUCUUAGUUAUAUGCUAGAAAAUUCAUCUAUGCUACUUGCUCGUCCAAGUCUUCGUGGUACAUGCCCAUUGGAUGUAGCCUAUUCUUCUUUGAUGGAUAACAAUGAAUUGGCUUUGGCUCUACGUGAAAAACAACUGGAAAAGGUUGCUAUCUAUUUAUCACGAUGUGGUGUUCAGUCAAAUGCUGAGUUAUUAGCUAAAGGUUACCCAGAUAUUGGAUGGGAUCCAGUGGAAGGAGAACGUUUUCUUGAUUUCUUGCGUUUCACUGUUUGGGUUAAUGGUGAAACAGUUGAGGAAAAUGCUAACUUAGUUGUUCGUCUAUUGAUUCGCCGACCAGAGUGCUUAGGUCCGGCAUUGCGCGGUGGAUCGAAAGUUAUGAAACAUUCUACUGGAAAUACGGGAACAGACGGUUUAGAAGUGCCACCAGGUGGUCCAGAUGGAUUGCAUGCUGCAAGCGAAUCAACUGGACAGCUAAUUAGUGACACAGAUUAUCAGCCUAAUUUAGCUGGUGGUGGUCUUUUAAAGGCAAUGAAAGAAGGUCUAGUAAUGUCAGCUCAAAUUAAACUAGUGAAAAUGGCUCAAGAAGCUGAAUCAGCAGGCUUGAAUCCAGAAGAAGAAGAUUUAGGGUGGCGAACUGUCUUGAUGGACUACGAAGACGCCAAUUUAUUUACACCACUACCAUACAACUUUGAAUCACUACCGCCUGAAGAUGAUCCCGAUUACAUUGAUCUGGGUGCUGCAAUAUUGACGUUUCAUUCAAUUUUGGUAAAUUUAUUGGGAUAUUGUGCACCAGAUAUGGAAACUGUUAAAAGUGAAUCAAUACGUGCCAGGUCAAUUUUACAAUCACUUGUUAGUAUGGCUGAUUUAGAAGGAGUUUUAUCACUGAGAUUUAUAUUACCUCCGCCAAAAUUAGAAGUCCAGACCAAUGAAGAUGGAGAAGAUGAAUGGGUUGAUAAAGCUGGUAUGCCACCUGGUCUACUGCCAGAGCAUAAAGCAUCGGUUGUGUUAUUUUUAGAGCGAGUUUAUGGAAUUUCAGAUGCUGCGACAUUCUUAAGGUUAUUAGAAAAUGGUUUUCUACCAGAUUUACGUGCAGCCACAUUACUUGAUUCAACUGUUGUUCCAGACAGUGAUAUGGCUUUAGCAUUAAAUCGUUAUUUAUGCAAUAGUGUUUUGCCAUUACUCACACGUCAUACCAAAUAUCUUGGCGAAGAAGGUACAACUGGAGGAUUAUUUGAGGCAACAUUACAAACGGCUUAUCGUUUAUCAAAAUGUCGAUCCAUUACUAAUCAUCAACGUGAAGUCGUUUGUGACUUCUUAGUUGCUUUGAUGCAACAAAUUAAACCACCAAUGAUGUCUGCUCUAUUAAAGAAAAUGGUUUCUGAUUUACGUACAUUAUCAAAAGAAUCCGUCGUAUCACUUCGAGCGUUGACAGAAUUUUACCAACGCUGUGGGACUUAUUAUAGUUCAGAUGGAUGGACAGGUGGCGCACAAGGUUCACCAGGACAUAGUGCAACAUCAGUUGACGAUGAUUCUGGAUGCACCAGUAACGAAACCGGUAGUGGUGCUAGUUCUGGUGGAGCUGAUAACGUAGGUAGUCGUAGCGGUGAUGGUGAAACAUCAGCAUCUGAAGAGGAACGAAGUAUCACUGCUCAUCUAUUCAUAUUAAUAUUCGAAAAGUUAUCCCGACAACCAUAUGAACCCGAAUUAUUUUCUUAUGCAUUACCAUGUUUAUGUUCGAUAGCAUGUGCUUUACCACCGGAUUACUCAAUUAGUCAAUUGAAUGCGAUGGGUCAACAAAAUGACAGUUUAGGGCAAAAUGUUGGGCAAUCAGUAUUCACUGAUCAAAUGAAUUCUUUACUAGUUCCUGGAGCUCCUAAAAUAGAAGCGAAUGAUUCACUUGAUGAACUUGUUCAUCACGAUGUAUUUCGCCCUCAACCUAUAGAUACAUCUCAAGUUCGUCUUCCAGUAGCAUUGAAUGGCUUAAUUCAGAGAUUCGCUGAACAUUGCCAUGAUUCAUGGGCUUUAGAUUUGAUUGAACAGGGUUAUACAUUUGGUGCACAAGUUGAUGAAGUUCGAAGAACACACCCAAAUUUACGCUCUUUUAGUCAGUUGCCAACACAGGAGCAAAUGAGAUACAUUCAUCCUGUAACAGAUACACUAAAAACGAUGUUAGCUUGUGGUUGGUCUGUUGAUGGUGAUGAAAAUCGUUACCGUGAUACACCUGGUGAUACAAAACACAUACGUAGACAAACGAUUACAAGUGAUAAUUUGUUAAAUUAUAAUCCGAGUCCAAAAGAUUUACGUGGUGUAAAUGUUACUAAAGAAAUGUUAAAUAUGGCUGAACGUCUAGCUGAUAAUGCACAUAAUAUAUGGGCCAGACAAAAAAUGAGUGAUCUCGAAGCAAUUGGUGGUGGAGUACAUCAACUACUAGUACCAUAUGAUAUAUUAACAGAUAAUGAACGUAAAAGAUAUCGGCGUCUAACCCAUGAAUUGAUUAAAUAUUUACAAUAUAAUGGUUAUAGAUUAACUGUUCGUACUGGAUCGAAUUCAACUAAUACUAAUACAAAUAAGGGGAAUGGAGGUACUAGUAAUGUUAGACAUCAUGACAACAGAAAUUUAGCACCAACAUCACGAUUUGCUUAUGGGUUAUUGAACAAGCUUUUGGAUUAUGUCGAUUCGGCCAUGUCAUCAGUUCGUGAACCAAUGCCAAGCACUCGUUAUAGUACUAGUCGUUCAUGGUUAAGUUCAAGUCAAGAUAUGAAAUUCUUUGUUAAGGUUGUACUACCAUUAGUUGAACGCUACUUUGAAACACAACAGGCAUACUUUUUAGACCCAGUAGCAGGUGCUUCAAUUGAUGAAAAGAAGAUGGCUGCCACUUUAUUUUGUAAACUCUUCUCGUUACUUCGAAUAAAAUUGAAUACAUUUGGACAUGAUGUAAAGAUAGCUGUAUCUUGUCUUCAAGGUCUUGUGCAAACAAUUGAUGUAAAAGCUAUCUUAAAGAUGGGUACUGCAGAAGAUUUUGUUCGCAGUCGCAUCCUACCGUUUUUUGUUAAUGCGGCUGACGAUUUAUGCGUUGUAGUUAGAAAUCUUGAUGCUAGUCGAUAUUCACAUGUGAAAGGUACAAUUAAACGUGGCGCAUGUUCAGUAGAUUAUAUUCACAUGGUAUUAUUACCUGUACUGAAAUCAAUGUUUGAACAUUUGGGCAAAAACGAAUGUGGCGAAUAUCUGCUAGUGGGUAAUGUCCAAGUCACAUGUUACCGAAUACUCAACGCUUUAUAUAAACUAGGUACUACAUCAUCGAAACACGCAAAUCGUCAAAGCUUUGUUGAUGAACUAAAUAGACAUAGAGCUUUAAUCGGUGAUUGCCUUGCUGCACUUGCAUCUGCAUUCCCUGUAGCUUUUCUAGAGGCUAAUUUAAAUUCUAAUAAUCCUCUUUCAAUUACAUUCAAUAAUCGUGGUGGUGAUUAUAGUCUUGAAGCUAGAGAUGUACUUGAAAAACUUUCUAAAACAAUUGGUGAUCUACAAAGCAUCAUUAAGCAAGUGGAACUUUUAGCCGAAUCUGGAGCAACUGGUGCUUCUGAAGCGCCAUAUCUUAUUGAGGUUACUUUACCUAUGCUUUGUUCAUAUUUACCUAACUGGUGGCGUAAAGGACCUGAAUGUAUGAAUUUAACUUCUUGUAAUGAUGGUUCCAAUGAAGGUGGAAUAGGACAAGACAAUAAAACUGGUAAUUUAGUACCUAAAACAAAAGGAAAUACCUUUCUAGCUAGUGCAACUGGACCUUUAACAACUGUUACAGCUGAUCUAAUGAAUCGAGUUCUUGGCAGUGUAUUGCAAUUAAUUCAAACAAACAUUGACUCAUCACAUGCACCUUGGAUGACAAGAAUAGCCACGCGUACUCAACCCAUUGUAGCUAAUUCUACAGCUGAUAUGCUUGGUCAAUAUUUUUUGCCAGUAUCUGAAAGGCUACUUGAACAUGCUUUGAUUGUUGAAAGAGUAGAAGAGGCGUAUAGAGCGGAAAAACGUGCAGGUUCUGAAAGUGUCGGUGAACGUGAAGAAGAACUAUCACGUCUAGUUGAAAUACUAGUACGAAAUUUAUUUGCGUUCUAUCCCCUUCUAAUAAAAUUUGUUGAUCGUCAUCGAAGUGCUUGGUUGAAAAAGCCGACAGCAACGAAAUUUAAACGUGAAGAAGAGAAUUUUGUAAGCGCUCAUGAAAUUGAUCGGUUAUCAUUGAUUGUGCCAAGUGGGGGAAAUUUAACACCAGGUAUAAAUCGAAGUCGAACUCACACAAAUGGACGUAAUGAGUCAAGUAGUUUGAAAAAUGUAAAAAAAGCUAAAACUGGUCCACAUACAAGUUUAACUGUUGCAUGUAUUAAACGUCUUCUACCAGUUGGUUUAAGUCAACUUGGUGGACGUGAGCAAGAACUGGUAUUAUGCGCGAAAAGAAAGCUGAUUAAGGAAACGCUUAGUUUGACAGGUGACAGAGGUUUGGAGCAUUUAAUGCAGAGAGAGAGUGACACUGCGAUUGAAGCUUUCCUCAACAAUGCUUUGGAUCAAGAAGGCGAUCUUGAUCAUAGAACUCAAAACUGGCAGAAAUUAUUAUAUAAAAAAAUUGAUCGAACUAUUGCAGCAACCGGCCGACAUGCUGAACUUGCAACAUCAACAAGAUCAGAGAUAGUUGACAAGAUUCAAAUUUUAUCCAAAGUAAUGCACGGUCUUUACUUGGUUGAUCAUCCACCAGCAAUAAGUAAAGGUUCUUGGAAGAAAUUGGUCUCCUCUCAACGUAAACGUGCCGUUAUGGCAUGUUUUCGUAUGGUACCACUUUAUGCAAUGCCAACUCAUCGUGUAAUGAAUUUAUUCAUAAAAGGCUACAUAACUGAAUGGUUAGAUUAUGAAGAAUCAUUAGGUGUGAAAUUAAUUGAAGAUGUGACAAGUGGUGCAUUACUGAAAGAUUUAUCCAAAUCAAAUGAAUUACCAUCAACAGGGGGAACUAAUGAAGUUAUAGCUGGCACUGUCCACGCAAUUGAAGGUGUUCAGAAAAGUACAGAUACUGAAACUGGCACAGCUCAAGACUUAGAUAUGAUGGAUUCAACUUUAGAGUUGGAUCUAUCAACUACAAACAAUGAUCCUGGAACGUCUAUCAGUUCAGAUAGUAAUAAAUCAGCUAGCCUACUACAAACUGGUUCUUUACAAACAACUAAUAGUUCUUCAAAUCAAUAUACUUAUGGACAAGAUUCAUCUUCAUGUCAGCCUGACCCACUGACACAAUUAUUAACAGCUCUAUGCCGUUCAGCAUCUGAUCAAGCUCCAGAUGAUCCACUAUAUUUAGCUUAUGCUAAAAUCAUGAGCAAAAGUUGUAGUGGUGAGGAUGAAGAAGAGGAAGAGGAGAACAGCAAUGAAGAAGGUUCUAGUUUUCAGGAACAAGAAGAACAAAAGCAGCAGUUGUUGAGUGAACAAAAUCGUCUUGCAGAACGUGGUGCAGCCGAAAUGGUUCUACUACAGUUAGCUGCAUCAAAAGGUGAAUCCACACCAGUUGCUCAAGCCAGUAUUGAAUUAGGCAUAGCAUUACUACUUGGCGGUAAUAUUGAUGUUCAAGGAAGAAUGUUAGAUUAUUUAAUGAAAAAGAAAUUAUCUGGUUUUUUCACAAGUUUGGCUGGUUUAACACAAAAAUGUUCCGUUUUAGAUUUGGAUACAUUUGAAAGAUGUAAUAAAGCUGAAGGAUUAGCUGUUGGUCUGUCCGACAUGGAAGGAAUAACUAACUUAUAUGAUGCUGAAUUCACUUGUAAAAUAUUUCGAUUUUUACAGUUACUAUGUGAAGGACAUAAUCUAGCCUUUCAAGAUUAUCUACGUACACAAGCUGGUAAUACUGUAUCCGUGAAUCUGAUUAUCUCGACAGUUGAUUAUUUAUUACGAUUACAAGAAUCCAUUAUGGAUUUCUAUUGGCAUUAUUCCAAUAAAGAUACAAUUGAUGAAUCAGGCAAAAAUAGUUUUGUUCGCGCUAUCAAAAUUGGCAAACAAGUGUUUCGUAGUUUAACCGAAUAUAUACAAGGUCCAUGUAUUGGAAAUCAACUAGCAUUAGCCCAUAGUCGUUUAUGGGAUGCUGUAGCUGGAUUUAUUUAUGUUUCAGCACAAAUGCAAGAUAAAUUAAGUCGUGAUCCUGAUCAGUUAGAUUUAUUACGAGAAUUUCUCAAUUUACAAAAAGAAUUGAUGAUUAUGCUGUUAUCUAUGCUUGAAGGAAAUGUUGUCAAUGGGCCAAUUGCUAAACAAAUGGUUGAUACAUUAAUUGAAUCUUCGGCUAAUGUUGAGAUGAUUCUCAGAUUUUUCGAUAUUUUCCUUCGAAUGAAAGUGAUUACUACUUCUGAAGCAUUUUUAGCUUUCGAUGUAAAUGGUGAUGGUUGGAUUUCACAUAGAGAAUUUCGAUUAGCUUUAGAACAACAAAAAACCUAUUCACCGUUGCAAUGGAGACCACCAACGUAGGCGAUCUAUAUGGAUGGUCUAGAGACUACUCGAGUUGGACUGGAAUGACGUGACGUCAAAGCGACACCUCGAGAUUAAAGCCAAACGCGGAUUACCCUUUCGUCGUAUCCAGGUACUACUGUUACUUUGAUGACCGCAUAACACAAACAACUCUAUUACAGAAAUGUAUUAUUAAGAAAAGGUACAAUAG